AAAGCACCAGGGGCCUCAGGGGUCCCAAAUGAGUAUCUGAAACUGUUAGGCCGACCCUUGGCAGCUGCACUGGCGGCACUCACACAAGGCUGCUGGGACUGGGAGUACUUCCCAAAGGUGUUUAAGACAGCCCGGACGGUAGUACUCAGAAAACCGGGUAAGACAGACUAUCAGAAUCCAGGGGCAUGGCGUCCAAUUGCACUCCUUGAGACACUGGGAAAGGUGGUA